GGGACCAUGAUGCCCGUGGGAAGCAUGACUUCAUCGGCGCCUUCUCCACCACCUUCGCGGAGAUGCAGGCGGCCUUCACUCGGGGUCAGGCCCAAUGGGACUGUGUGAACCCCAAGUACCAGCAGAAGAAGCGCAGCUACAAGAACUCGGGGAUAGUGGUCCUGUCAGACCUGAAGCUCCACAGGGUUCACUCCUUCCUGGAUUACAUCAUGGGUGGCUGCCAGAUCCACUGCACCGUGGCCAUUGACUUCACGGCCUCCAACGGUGACCCCCGGAACAGCUGCUCCCUGCAUCACAUCAACCCCUACCAGCCCAACGAGUACCUGCGGGCGCUGGUGGCAGUGGGUGAGGUCUGCCAGGACUACGACAGCGACAAGAGGUUUUCUGCCCUGGGGUUUGGGGCCCGGAUCCCUCCCAACUAUGAGGUGUCCCACGACUUCGCCAUCAACUUCAACCCCGAGGACGACGAGUGUGAAGGAAUCCAGGGCGUGGUGGAGGCCUACCAGAACUGCCUGCCUCGAAUCCAGCUCUACGGGCCCACCAAUGUGGCGCCCAUCAUCUCCAAGGUGGCCCGCAUGGCCGCGGCUGAGGAGCACACCGGGGAGGCCUCUGAAUGGGACGAGGCCCUGCUGCCAAGUACCCGCCCGACACCCACAGUGUACUUCAGCCCCUGUUGUCAUCGCACAGCGUGUGGACCUGCAGUCUGUGUUCCUGCUGUGUCCCGGGGGUGUCUGAAGCAGACCUCAGCAGCCCUCACCUCGCAGCCCAGCCUGGGACACACAUCGGGCCCUGCUGCACCUCAGUCGGCGCCUGCACCCCAUCUCCUCGGGUCCCCUUCUGCAGUCAGAGUCAGGGAUCGCUGUGAGACCACAAGCCAAGUGUCCCAGAUGUUUGGGAAGGUGCCCACCAGGGUUCACGUGGCCAGUGGGGCGCAGGGAGCGAGACCAGGGUGGAGCCCAGGGUCUGGGCUGGCAGGCAGAGGUGGUGUGGCCCGUUUGUCUCUUCUUUCCUGUGCUCAUACUGCCACUGCCCCACACACAGUCCAGCUGCCAGGGCCAGAACUGGGUGGAUCUUCCUUCUCUAUUAUGGUUUUUGUCGUCCGAGUUUUUAGUAAGGUUGUGGGUAAUUUGGGCCUUUUUAUUUGUGGUCUGUUUUGUUUUUUUGAGACAAGGUCUUGCUGUGUGGCUUAGGCUGACCUGGAACUCAUGGUGAUCCUCCUGCCUCAGCCUCCCAAGUGCUAGGAUAAGGGACAUGGGCCACUACGCCCAGCCCCUGGGCUUUUCUGAUAAUGGAAAUGGAUUUUUACCUGAAAUCAGUGCCCCCUGCCUUCUCACAGCAGGGACUGGGCACCAGCAGAAGCUGCCUCCUAGCAUGGCCCUGUCAUCCUCUGGCGGGGGGCCUGGGUUCCCAGGGGUGAAAGGUGGAUUCCACGUGUCCAGGGUGCCUCAGGAGAAUGGCCGUGAGGGACCCUGAAACCCAGUGCUGUGCUGGGGGUGCGUCUGAGCCCUGCUCAGUCAACAGCUGGGCUGCUGUGGGCCUGGGGAGUGGCUGGUGGGGGCCCCAGGGACCAGGCCCCCACAGCUCGUGUGUCCCCAGCAAUACUACAUCCUGCUGAUCCUGACGGACGGUGUGGUCACCGACAUGGCAGACACUCGGGAGGCCAUCGU